AUGUUCUGCCUGGUCUUGUUCGUGGCGCUCCUGCUGCUGUCGUUAGCGUUUCUCAGAAGGUCCUCGAGUCGCCAGAACGAGCUCUCGCUCGAGUGGGAAACCGGCCGGCGGAAAGCGAGGCAGCCGUUCAAGCGGCCGCCAGAAUUUUACGAAUACUACGGCGUGACGUCAUCAGAGGACUACUUCGUGAACUCGCGAGGCGUCGAGCUUUUCACCAAGCAAUGGCUUCCCAUCGACGGUCGACUGCGCGGCGUGGUCUUCUACUGCCACGGCUACGGCGACACCUGCGCGUACGCGUUUGAGGAUGUCGCGAUACGGUUGGCUGCGGCCGGCUACGCGGUGGAAUCGUUGGAUUACGAAGGGUUUGGCCUUUCUGCGGGGCUGCAUGGGUUUAUUCCGCGUUUCGACAACCUCGUGGAUGACGUUACGGAUUUCACUGCGUCGCUGAGAGCUCGGCCGUCCCUCGCGCAUCUCCCGUUCUUCCUCUACGGCGAGUCCAUGGGCGGAGCAGUGGCGCUCCUCACGCAUCUCCGCCAACCGUCCUCGUGGCAGGGGGCAAUCCUCGCCGCUCCCAUGUGCAAAAUCGCGCCAGAGAUGAUGCCUCCGAAGCCCGUCGUCACCACGUUAUCCUUCCUCGCGAGUAUCUUUCCUCGAGCCAAGCUGGUCCCGACCAGGGAAAUUGCGGAGAUUGGGUUUCGGGAUCCGGUUAAAAGGGCGAAAUUGUGCGAGAAUCCGGUGGGGUAUGGCGGGAAGCCGAGGCUACAAACGGCGCUGCAGAUGCUGAAGGCGACGCAACGGAUUGGUCGAGAUUUGGAUAAGGUUUCUGUCCCGUUUCUCCUGAUGCACGGUGCUGCAGAUGCGGUUACAGAUCCGUCGGUUAGCGAGGCGCUUUUCCAGCAGGCUUGUAGCGGGGAUAAGACUUUUAGGUUGUACGAGGAGUGCUGGCAUGGGUUGACAACAGCAGAGCCUGACGAUGUGAUCGCGAGAAUUCUGGACGAUAUGCCCAUAGCAUCGUCGGUCCUCGUCACCGCGAAUAUGAAGAGAAACCCGAAGCGACUCAAAUAUGCGGGAGGCUCACGACCGGCCAACGAAGUGGACGUGGUGACCGUUGACCCGUCAGGAUCCGAUGCUUCGUGGAAACUCCGUGGAAUAGCGGAUUUGAUCAAGGAAGGCGCCGUUGGGCUCAUUCCGACUGACACUGUAUAUGCCCUGGUCUGUGACGUCAAGAACCGAGAUGCCAUUGACAGACUGUACCGUAUCAAGCAGUUGGACCCCAAAAAGCCUCUGAGUAUCCUCUGCCGCAAUUUCCAAGACAUUGACACUUAUACGUUGGGCUUUCCCCGUGGCAACGGCCAUGGGCAGACAAACAUUUUCCGGGCUGCAAGACAAUGCCUUCCUGGACCUUACACGUUCAUUCUCAAGGCGAGCAAGGCCAUGCCAAAGCAGUGCACGACGUUUGGGGGCAGUGCAGUGGCGCACUGUGCGCCAAGGAAGAGCGUGGGGGUGAGGAUGCCUCUGGACCCCAUCUGCCAUGCUCUGCUCGAGCUUCUGGACGACCCGCUCCUCUGCACCAGUGCCACCAAGAGCUCAGAUGAUCGCUGGUUGCUGGACCCCUCAGUGGUCGGACUCACCUACCGUUCUGAAGAUGGCUCAGAGGGUGUGGAUUUCAUUGUGGAUGGAGGUGCUCGCAUGCCAGAGCCGUCCACGGUGGUGGAUAUGACUGGCGACAGGCCAGUGCUGCUGCGGCGAGGACAGGGCGAGGUGGAGGACUGGAUGUUGAUGGAGGUGCAUGAUUCUUCAGAAACAGCUGCUGCAGCACUGAUCAACCCCAACGGGAAAAUAAAUCCAUACGCCGUGAAGUAG